CUCUUUGUCCGAUCUUUCUCAGAGCCUUUCAAACAUCCCGCAGAAGAUCUCCCAGGCCCAAACCAGAACGCAGCAGUACUUCAGCAACAUACAGAACCGCCUUAACAGCCUUAUGCCGCAAGAUGCCUAAGAAACAGCAACAACAGCAAAAACAACAGCAAAACAAAAACCAGCAAGAUGUUGAGCUGAACCAGCUCAUCAGACAUUCUCCUCUCCCUCCUCCUCAUCAUCCUCAUCUUCGGUCCCGCUCCCCAUCUCCAUCCUCUCCAAAUGGUAGUACUCUUGAGUUGCCUAAUGUGCCAUCCUACCCACGCCUUCCACCAAUCGUUAGUCCCCCAUCAAAGCAGCUCAACUCACCAUCCCGCCAGCUUUCAGGUCUCUGUAACCCAGCUUUCUUCAUUGAAGAUGAUUCAGAUGUUCCAGCAAUAAGACCUGCAGAAACUUCCAGCCUCAGCCUUCAUCCAGCAGUCAACGUAGAGGAUUUUGACUCAGACCAUGAAAGAGGACAGGAAGGAGGAGCAGGGGCUCGAGGAGGUGGAGAGGAACAGUGUCAUCUCCCCCAAAUACUCACCCCCCAGGACCCCAAACAUACAACCCUCACUGUCCCAGUGACCUCUUCAGGAGGUCGUCAGAGUGGUGGAAGACAUCGAAGGACCAUCUGGACAAACAUUAGGAGGCUGCAGUCUCAAAGUGAAGAUGAUGAUGAAGAAGGAAACACUCCUGUCAGAGCCUGGCCCAGCCAGUCCAGUCUGCACAGCACAGAUGACAUCCUGAAAGAACGUCCUGCAUCUUCAGCCAGUCAGACCAGCACAGUGGUCAACGAGCGUCUUCAGGAGCUGGUCAGAAUGUUUAAAGAGAGAACUGAGAAGGCGAAGGAGAAACUCAUUGACCCUGACAGCUCAGACGACGACAGCAUUGUCCCCUCUCCCCCUGAGGCUUCAGCUGCUCAGCCUGCUCCUGAUGCUCAGAUGGAGGGGGAAAAGGAGCAACAAGCAGGUCCAUCAGCAGAUGGAGAAGAAGAAGGAGGCAAAGGAGUGGAGGGUGGAGAGCAGUCUAAUCAAUGCUGCAAGGUCAAAGCCCCUCGCUGGAUACGAGCCUGUUUGCACUACCGCUUCCCUGCCAGCAUCGACCCUUUUACCAACCUCAUGUACGUGCUGUGGAUGUUACUGGUCUCUCUGGCGUGGAACUGGAACGUGUGGUUCAUUCCUGUACGCUGGGCUUUCCCUUACCAGACUCCAGGCAAUAUUUACUACUGGCUACUGACUGACUACCUGUGUGACCUCAUUUACAUACUUGACAUCACCAUCUUCCAGCCUCGCCUGCAGUUUGUCCGUGGAGGAGACAUAGUGAGUGACAAAAAGGAGAUGAGAAAGAAUUACAUGAAAACGAAACGAUUUAAAUUUGAUGUGGCCAGCCUUGUACCCCUGGAAAUCUUCUAUUUUAAAACUGGUGUCAACCCUCUGCUACGGUUACCGAGGCUGCUGAAGAUCAACUCCUUCUUUGAGUUCAAUGAGCGUCUGGAAGCAAUCUUGACCAAAGCCUACAUCUACAGGGUGAUCCGCACCACCACUUACCUUCUUUACUGUCUCCACUGCAAUGCCUGUCUUUACUACUGGGGCUCUGCCUUCACAGGACUUGGAUCAACCAAGUGGGUUUACAACGGAGAGGGCAACAGUUAUAUUCGCUGUUACUACUUUGCUGUAAAGACCCUGAUCACCAUUGGUGGUCUUCCAGACCCCACCACCCUGUUUGAGAUUGUCUUUCAACUCAUCAACUACUUUGUUGGAGUCUUUGCCUUCUCUAUCAUGAUUGGACAGAUGCGUGAUGUCGUUGGUGCAGCCACAGCUGGUCAGACCUACUACCGCACAUGUAUGGACAACACCAUUAAAUACAUGUCCUCCUAUCGCAUCCCCAAAGAUGUCCAGAACCGUGUUAAGACCUGGUAUAACUACACCUGGCAAUCACAAGGCAUGCUGGAUGAACAGGAGCUGCUGACUCAGCUGCCAGACAAAAUGCGCUUGGACAUUGCCAUAGAUGUCAAUUACUCCAUUGUCAGCAAAGUACCACUUUUUCAGGGCUGUGACAGACAGAUGAUCUUUGACAUGCUGAAAAGCCUUCGCUCUGUUGUCUACUUACCUGGGGAUUAUGUCUGUAAAAAGGGUGAGGUCGGUCGGGAGAUGUACAUCAUAAAGGCAGGAGAGGUGCAGGUGGUUGGAGGACCAGAUGGGAAGACAGUGUUUGUCACUCUUAGAGCAGGAUCAGUCUUUGGAGAGAUCAGUUUGCUUGCAGUAGGUGGGGGCAACAGGCGCACAGCAAACGUAAUUGCCCAUGGCUUUGCCAACCUCUUUAUCCUGGACAAGAAAGACCUGAAUGAGAUCCUGGUCCACUACCCAGAGUCCAAGAAACUACUUCGCAAGAAAGCGAGGAAAAUGCUUACAAAGGGAAAGAAACCUGAACCCAAAGAAGAGCCGAAGGAUCCUCCCCAGGUGCCGCCAGCCCCUGCAAGGCCAGAGACACCAAAACUCCUAAGAGCAGCUCUGGAGAUGACCGAGAGAUCCUCUGGACUCAAAGGAGCCUUGGCUAAAGUCAAAGAGAAGACAAACAAGUCCAGUAUCUCAUUACAGCCCUCCAUCUCCUCCUCCCUGCCUCCACCGUCUCCCACCUCGAGCUCCGGGCCAGACAGAGACAAUGACACACCAUCACCUAUCUCCGCUGGCCCCACCAGGUUUAGAUCUGCUUCCUUCUGCCACAAUGACAACUCUGAUUUAGCUCACUCUGCAUCACAGGGCCACAGCGAUGCAGAGUAAAUGCUAACUAUGGACUAAAUGUAAAAGAGAGUUAAUAGGUUUAAAGGGAUCAAAGGUGGGAAAAGGACAAGAAGGUUGUUGUAAUAACUCUCUACAGGACAAUGAAGGAGGGAAAGCAUGGAAAAUUUUGACAGUUUUCAGGUCUGGAUAACAGAUCAUGUACAGAGAGACAAAACUGGAGUGAAAAUGGUAAAGUAACUGCUUUAUGCCAAGGUGAAACUUCACGUUAUAAGCACAACCACGGCCUCAUUUGGUAGUCAUAGAGUUUUGGGACAUGUCAGCCUAGAAAAUGGAUUGUUUCAUCCCAUGUAGUAUGUCAUAGUAAAUGACAACCAAAGCUAUAUCUGGGAUGCCUCCCUGACAGAAAGUCUAACAUGCUUAAUAUUUCUGUCUGCCUUCUAUGAUUUGCCCUGUCAUGUCAGUGGCAUUGACCAAUGGGAGCACUGAGCACUCUGGAUGCACUAAAGUGACAAAUAUAAACAAACAAAAUGGUAUAGUGAAGAAGAAAGAUGAAGUUGGUUCUACAAGAUGAAACUAUAAGACAGAAGAAAAGUUUUUCUAAGUUCUUGCAACAUCUCUGCCCCUGUGAAGAAUCUUUGAGGGGAAGCCAGAACAGACUAAAAAAGGGAAAAUAGCAGGUGUUCGUCUGCAACCUAGUUAGUAAAUACUGUUGGCAUUAGCAUCAAACAAGCAUAUAAUUGAUCAUAAUACGUGGAUAGGCUAACUAAUAGAGUUUAGCACAGUAAAUACAGUAUGUUUGUUUACAGUCAUCUCUCUGGGUGUUGUCCAGUCCUGCCUUUCUUCAUUCUGUCAUCAUGUCUGUUUCAUUGAUUGGCCAAGUUCCAUCUCUAAUGCCUGUUGGUCGUCAUAAAUUUAUAGCUCUUUGAUCGCCUUUUCUGACUGUGACCAUCGCAGCAGACAAAGAUUGUGUAGUCUGACCACGGCAUUAAAGGGGAAAUAGAUGCAAAUUACCAGAUGUACUUGGCUGAUAUUUAAAGAAUGAUGGAAGAAGGAGAGAAUACAGGUAAAUGGGCAUGUUCACAAACUGCCAUGGUUUGCUGUUAGUCUUUUCUGCUCAAGUUUGGAUGUUUGCAGAAUAGUCAACAUAGUUCUGUAUCUGCUUUUACUCGUUCUAACAUUCUGUACACUGUAGUAGAAAAACCAUCUGUUGUCAGUAUGCUGUGCAGAUGCAUUGAACCUGUACUACUGUCUUAAGGGCUGUGUUUUACAUGACAACAGCUACAUCUUGUAGACAUCACUGUCAGUUUUUAAGGGUAGAUCGGUAAAAAGAACUAAUUUGCACUCCCAAUGCUUUCGAGUCUUUUUACACCCAUUCACCAUUUUAUUUAUUAUUAGAUCAUCACAUGGAGAGGUGAAUGUGUGAAGGUUGUUUAGCCACUGCAAAGUCCAAGCCUGAUUCUAAUCUCCACCAUGUCAACAUCAGUUAUUUCACUGCAAUUACCAUGUUUUGAAUUAUGUGAAAAAGAGAGCCAUAAUGAUUAAUUAAGUCAUUUCUACAGUUCCUUUAAACUUUUUUCCAAACGUUCCAAAAAUGUUUUUGCUGUUGUUGUCUGCCAACUGUUUACACAUUACUUUAAAAAGUGCAGUUUGCCUUAUAUGUUUUUUCUUUGACCAUAUUGUGGUGUUGUGUUGGUGUGAGUAGCUUGUAUUGCUAAUGGUUUUAUAAUUUUUUUAAAAAGAAAAAAAAUGUACAGUUCUAGAUUGAAAAAAUAGCAUUUAUACUUUCAUCAGGAUUUGAUGCAGAAAAUCAAUGUUUCUAUGUGUGUUUUCAGGAUUCAAUCUAUGGCCAUCAUUUCUUUCAUAAUACCAAGCACAAACUUCACUUAGCCUUUAAUUACCUCAAAAAUAGAUUUCACGUGGUUAUCAAUAAAUGAUCAACAUCAACAAACACUUCAACAUGUGCAUGUAACACCACUACUUUCAUAUACAUUUUACACACUAUCACAUUUUUAUGCUUGCUUUGUACAAAAUUGUUAAUAUAUUUCAUUUUAAAAUGUAGAUAAAUCACUUUCAGGUAAAAUAAUCAUUUUCUCUACAGUGUCAUGAGGAGUACAUGCAGUCUAAUGAUGUAAAAUGUUUCAUUUGUGCUGUAAAUGUGUGUUAGAAUGAUAUUUUUUGUAUUGAUUAUUGAUACAGCCUCAGAAGAUAGGCGCACAAACCAGCUAACCAUACUGCCAGACAAUCUGUAGAAAGGAUUAUUGUGUGUGAGAGAGUGUGUGCGUGCGUGUGUUCAGAGAGGAGAUGAGUGCUUUUAAAGGACUCAAAAAUGUGUAUUUAUGUUUAUAAUAUGGAUUUUGUCACUGAUGUAGCAGUCUUUUGUGAAUUUUGUUAAA